AUGUCAUCUGAGUCCUGUGCAUUUAUGUACACGGGAGGCGUGUCAACUAAUGUCGGGAAUGAGACAGUUUUAGGGACUCCUGUCCCAGUUGCACAUUCAACUGCUGGCGGCAGUAAAUAUUCAGCUUACAACAGAAAUGGUCGGGCCUAUUUCGAUGAAAUCCUACCAACUUCACCAGCCUUCCUAAAACAGACCUAUGUUAUUGAAGGGAGUAAAAACCAUCAAAAUCGUAAUAUUCACGAUGAAGGCAAUAAAGAAGCUAGCAUUUUAAACAUUAAUACAAUAAAGGGUCUUUCAGAUAGUGUUUUAGAUCGCAGCUUGCAGGUUCGUAGACACGAAGUAAUUACGAAAAAGUUAAGUGAAAAGAACCAAAUUAAGCAACUGGAUACCUUUAAUGUUGAACACUGUCAGCCCCCUUCUACGGAUAUUGAAACAGAGCAACAGAAAAUUCAGUUCGAUGACGAAGAGCUAAAAAUGUUAGAAGAUGCCUUUAGUGAUUUCGAUUGUGAUACAUCAGAAACAACUAUCCCAACUCGCGCGUGUGAAACAUUUGCCCGUCGAGUAUCAUGCAAACCACCGGAGACGGGGGAAGAGUGUUCGGAAGGCAAUACAACAUCAGUUCCUUCUUUACAGUCAGCCGACGGCAGUGGCGAAGCCGAUGGUAGUAUUGUUGAUGUUGAAGCACAAGAUCCUGCACAACCACAUGUUGUUUGCCCGGCUACUGGACCUUCUACUCAAGUUUCAGAAGGUCAUUCAGACAAUGCUACUGACAAGAAGUUAAGCUCACAGACUAAGGGAGUUGAUCAGUCACUGAUAAGAUCUCGUGUCAAACUAUAUUCACACCUACCAUGUCUUACUGGCUUAUCAUCUGCUCUUGAGAGUAAUUCAUUCGGCAACAAAGUAUGCUGUUUAGGUGUUUUUCUUCCUUUUUGA